CAGUGUGUUUCCCUGACCUGUCAGGCAGCAUGUUUUUGUGCAGCAAACCGAUCGGGGGAGCUGGUGUUUCCCACCCACAAUGCAUCAUCGCUGGCUGCAAACACAAGUCUGCCAUGUUUGUAUUCUGGUCGUGGAUGGAAAUCGUUGCCGCAUAGAAGCUAUCCUCUUGUCAGUCUCAGUGUUAUACCGUCAUAAUGGUUAAAUACUAAAGAUUAAAUGCACUCUCCAGUUUUGUAAUAGGCUCUUAGCGGGACGCGCCUUGCACCAUGUCAGCUAACGCUCAGGAUUACGACUUCGAUGAAUAUGACAAACCUGGUGCUGAGCGGUCACGCAGGAGGAGAGGUGAAGAUGACGAUCUAGAGAGUGAUUUGGAGGAGGAUUUGUUGGAGGAGGAUUGGCUGUCAGGUAAAAAGAAUCCUUCAGAAGUGUCAGAUGAAGAACUCAAUGAUGACCUUCUGCGAAGUGAUGAUGAAGAUGUAAAUAUGAGUGGUCAGGAUGUGAGCCUCAGUGCCACAUACAACUUGGUCACAUCCUAUGACCAGCAGGACAACUCACAGGAAGCAAACUACACAGAUGACGUUGUGAACCUGGGUGAAGAAGGGGAUGUAGAGGAGGAGGGGUACCAGCAAGAGGGGGAAGAGGAGUACACAGAGGAAUACAGCCAGGACGGCAACACAGAGAUGCCUGAAGACCAAAUGGAAUACACUGGAGAGCAAGCUGAGGGUGACGAUGGCUACCAGGAUGAAGUGCUAGACAUACAAAUCAAUGAGCCCAUAGAUGGUGAAUUUCAAGAUGAUGAAUAUCAAAUCUCCUAUAAUGAUCAGCCCAUGGAUGAACACGGAGUCCAACAGGAGGAGGACCCCGAGGGGGAAGAGGUAGGGGGAGAAGAGCAGCAGGAAGAGGAGGAGGAAGACACAGUCGAGGGCUCUCAGGUCUUUGACACAGAGGAGGUUGAAAGUGAAGCUGUGCCUGGAGAAGAAACAAAAGAGGAAUCAGAUGAGGAGGAUGAGGAAGAUGAAGAGUCUGGUCGGAUACGAUUCAAAUCUGAGAGAAAGGAUGGGGCUGUUGUGCGGUUGGGUGAUGCAUGCAGUAAAAGGAGGAAUAUCCCUGAGACACUAGAACUGUCAGAGAAGGCCAAGCAAGAUCUGAUGGAGUUUGAGGAACAAGAACGGCAAAAGAAACAAAACCGUUUUGGAGGCCGAGGCAGAGGAGGAGGGCGAGGAGGCAGAGGAAGAGGAGGCUUCCAAGCUUUUGGAAUGGUAGAUUUUAGAGAUGGAAACAGAGGAAGAAUGAAUGACCAGAGGCUCCCCCUGAUGGGAAAUAUGGGCAUGCAGCAGCCAUCCCGAAUGCCUCCUCCUCAUCAGCUUCAUCAGCAGCAACUCCAGUCCCAGCAGCACCACCCUUCGCGUCCAAGAGGACCUCCUCCCUUCCAAGAGCAUGGUCGCCCGCUGGCCCAGCAGCCCCUUCAGCCCCUCAUCCCCCCGCACAUGGCUCACCGCUCCCCACCGUUGCGGCCCCAGAUGGAGCCGCCACCACGAAUGAUGAGCUCCCCGCCACCCAACUUCCCCCAGCAUCACCAGCAGCAGCCUCCACAGCCCAAAAAUAUCCACAUUAACCCCCAUUUCAGAGGGCCCACAUCAUCCUCUGUGCAAGUGCCCUUGAUGCCUCCUGCUCAGAGCCAGCCCAGACCUGCUGUGGGUCCUCAGAGGUUCCCUGGACCGGGAGACUUCCAGCAGCACAUGUCUGGUAAUUUUGGUCAGCCCCAGAGGCCCCCUCAUCACAUGGAGCCCUUUAGGAACCAGCCACCUCAAGGCCCUCAAGACAGAGAGCCCCUCUUUAUGGGAGAGCGCACAGAGUCAACACGGUUUCCAGGGCAGCACAUGUUUGAUCACCAGGGACCCAGCCCUCUGAUGAACAACAGCCACAACCUCCAUCAUCAGCAGCAGCUGCCCGGCCAGGGCCACAUGGGCUUCGGUCCACCAGGACCAGUCUUCAACCAGCCGGGCCAGGGUCCGCUAGGACUUUUUCCGAGAGAACCCCCAAGACCCAACCUCCCUCCCCACCAAGGUCACCAGGGGAUGGUCGGCUUGAAUCAACAAGGUGGCCCGCCCAACCAGCCCAGACCCUUCAUGGGCCCUCGUCAGCCGUUUGGUCAGCAGGGGAAUCUUUUCCCCCCUCCACAAGUCCCAUUUGGGAUGCAGGUACGACUAAGAGGCUUAAUGCACGGCCCUCCUGUCUCCCAGCUACCGCACCACGACCCUUUGCCAUCCCAUCAGCCCAUGCAUCAGCACCAGCAACAUCAUAGGCAGGAGUUACCCCAUCAUCAUCAGCAGCAGCAGCUAAAUGUCAAUGUGCCUCGCCCCAUGAUGCACCAUGGCCAGAAUCCCUUCCAUCAACAGCAGACGCAUGGUAGCCCCAGGCAGAUGACUCCCCGCCCUCAGAACCCCCAACAGCGAAACAUGUCCAACAGGCAGAGGAUGAACACACCUGUCUCCAAGCAAAUGCAGCAGCGCAACAGCAACCUACGGGAGCUCCCUGUAGCACCUGGCAACACAAACAUGAACAGUGCCCGCCCCGCCGCCAACAUUAGGCCAGUUGCCAAGGCAACACAGGGGGUGCGUCCUGUGCAGAACACUCAGCCGGUGCCUAGUGGUGGCAGAGGAAGAGGCCAAGUUGCUGCCAAGACUGAAUCACAGCCUGGGGGAGAAGGCAGGACAGUGGUUCGUAAGGAAAUCCCAAGCACACUGUCCAGCAUGGCAAGACAGGACCCUGAUGAGGAUGAGGAGACACGGCAGUACCGUCUGAAGAUUGAGGAGCAGAAGCGUCUGAGAGAGGAGAUCUUGAAGAGAAAGGAGCUGCGACGGCAGAUGCAGGCUGGUGUCAGAAAGAAGGAGCUGCUGGACAGGCUCAAUACCCAGACAAACACACCGAGCCAAGGCCCAGCUCCUUCACAGAUUCAACCCUUACAACAAAAUCAGCAAACACCACACCCUGUACAACAACCACCACAACCACAGCAGCAUCAGGAACAAAAGCAGCAGCAACAACAACAACUACAGCCACAACAGCAGAGACAGUUUCCUCAGAGACCACCACAAUCAUUAAAUCAAUCAAUAAAGAAUCCUAAUCAAGGCACCCCCAUCCCUCCCAACGGCAGCGCUCAGACCCCUACACCACGUCCCAAUGUCAAGACACGCCUGCAGAUGGUAAAAGUUAGCACCCAGCAGCCACAGACCCCCGGGCCUGGUACAGACCAGCAAUGGAAACAGCCCCAACAAAAUCAGCAGCAGCUGCAACAACAGCGAAGGAACAGUGCUGUGCAGAAUGUAAACAGACCUGGUGCUCAGAUCCUGUCCCAUCAGGUUCCCCAAAAGAACAUGCCUGUAAAUCCCUCUGUGGGCCCUGCUCAGGUGCAGGCGCAGGCACAAGGACCUAAACCUGGAGCUAAAAGAACUGUGAUGCAGCGGGCCAAGAAUUCUGGUUUCGAAGGCCAGCAGGUGCCUCAAAAAGUCAGAGUCGUCAAACUUUCAGGAGCGAGUGGAAAGGGGCCUGUGGCCACUGACAGCCCAGUGCAGCAACAAGGCACCUGGUCGACAACCCCGCUCAACCAGGUCGUCCAAAGGAAGGUCACCAUGACAGGACAGCAGCCACAGGGACCAGGCGGAACACCGCAGGCUAGCCGAGGGGGCAUGGGCAACCCACAGCAAAACAGGGUUGUCGUGUCAGGCCGGGGCCGAGGUAGAGGGGGUGGUCAGAUGGGUCGAGGUCGUCCGAUGUCCACCAGGCAGAGCCAAAGAAGUGCAGAGAGCGAACGCUGUACUGUGUCCAUAGAGGGCCUCUCCUCAUCGACAACUGACGUUCAACUGCAGAACCUUCUCAGGUCCAUUGGCCCCAUAGAGAUGUUCAAAAUGAUGCCCCAGCAGAGGAAAGCAGUCGCCACAUUUUCCAGUCCCCAGCAUGCAGCAAGUUUUCAAAUGAGUUUCCAUAGGCACAUGAUUGAUUUGUCCCACAUCGAUGUGUCGCUGACUGAUGGAUGCGGAGCACAAUAGAGCCAGGGAGUCCUGUUACAAUAAGUCACUUUCUCCCAACGUGGGAGCCUCUCGUGCACCGCUCCAACCUACCUGGCAUAGGAAUAUUUCUUCAGCCCUUUGGGUUCACACGCAGUCAACAUCCCUGCACAGAAGCAUCAUUCAUCUCUUCUAUCAACUUGGAACAGUGAACAUAAACACUUUGGCUGCGAGCAUGCCAUUGUUUGACUUUGUCUACCAAUUGUCCAUUGUUGUAAAAUGGCACUGGAGAGACACUGGACAGUUAAUCCUAUUUUGAUCUAGUUUGUGAAGAAUGUUUUGAGCAUCUUACACGGACACUAAGUAGAACUUAUCAUGGGAUAAUGGUUGCUCCCCUCCUCGAUUAGAUUCAUUAUUAAAACAGAAAGGACACUUAAACUUUGUAAUUCUGAUGUGACCACUUCAUAGUAGUUUUUCACUAUUUGUGGCUCGCUGUCAGGUUCGGAUGCAGGAAAUCGUUGUGGCAGACUGUGGCCAGCCUGUUCACAUAGUAGUGUUUCUCCCCCUCUGUAGAUGGCAGUAUUUCAUCACGAAUGGUGCUUAAUUUUUUCCGACUCAAGUCUGCUUUCAGGUACAGAUGAGUCUCCAAGCAGUUUUUGGGGGAAUGGCACUACCUAGUGGAGAGCUUGUAUACAGGCACAGAGGUGAAUGAUUUUAGCAUUUGACACAUAGCAGUGACUGGGACCAAGGAUGGCAUAGGCUAUAACGUGAACACAGUUUUUCUAAAUUGUAAAUGUUGUGACUCUUGUGUAGAUUUUGUGGUGCUUUUCAUUUUCAGUGCUUCUUCUGGACCGAUUGUUCAGAUCAUCUCUCAUUUAGUUUAGUCAUUUUGGUCAUUGCCGUAGCUCCUUGUUCUAAAUGUUAUUAGGUCUUUUAACUGUAACUUGGAAUCCAUUUUGGAAUAAUCCGUCAUGCCUUUUGGAUGUAUAUUUUAGUUGUAUGUGUGAUUAUGAAGUUUGUUUAUUUGUUAGUUUAUUAGAUUUUGGUUUGUAAUCUGUUCUGAGUGUGCUUUGAGGGAAUGCGUAUGUAAGGUUUAUUUAAGAUUUUUUAUAAUUACAAUUAAAAUGUAUAUUGGGGAUUUAAAGUUCACCGUAUAUUUGGUAGAUCAGAGAGAAUUGCUUACAAUUCUCCACAGGAUACACACAUUAUGUAAAUUUUUGCUAGGAUAUACAUUAGGCUUACUCCGCUCUGGUAUAAUUGAUCCGAAUCUGCAUGGGUAUCAGUUGAUAAUUUGGUGCAUUAUCACUGAGCUGCAUAGUGUACCUGGAAUAGCACUUUGAACAGUUUGCCUUCACACUGAGCUGCUGAUGUAGAUGUUUGGCAGAAAAGUAAAAUAAAGCCACCGUAAUACUUUGCCCCAUAAAUUGAAUUCCCCUUAUUAUAAUAAAGACAUCCUCUGUAAAUUCUGGGCUCUUACUCAUAUUGAUUUUGUACUCCUACAUAAAGAUACAUUUCUUCAGAUAUGUGAGAAAUUGUUGCGCAAUCUCUAAUGCAUCACUUUAUUUUAAUUUUCUCUGAGCAUGUGCCCUUGUUUGGGGAGUGCUACCACAUCACUGAAAACCUUAAAUUCUCUAAAUACUUAAUUUCCGUGUCUGGCUCUCAUUUUGAUUUCAUUAGACAUCGUUAUUAAAGUAAACAUAGCAAGUCAGGUUCAUUUACUUUUCCAUAAUUCCAUGAUUUUUUUCACACAACAUUUUGUCUAUUCUGGGUUUAAAGUUUGUUAAACAAAAGCAGUUCACUUAAAUAUUCAGACCCGUUACCCGUGUUUACUAAUAACUGAAAUUCAGAAGUGAAUGUCGUGUACAUUAUUUGCAGGAAUGUGACAUAGGAAGCUGAGGGGGCAACCAUUAUCUAUGUAGUGAUCAUGUACAUAAGUAGACCAGAACUUUCACUCAAUAUUUAUCCUGUUCAAUUUUUUUUGAGUUAUUCUUUACUUGUGUUGUAUCAAGUUAAACAUUUUUAUAUGUAAGGAUAUGCUGAUGUGUCCAGACAUACAUCAUUUUACAAGUGUUUUGUUUCUAGUUUAGAGCCAAAAUGAAGAAUGACUGGACCACAUUUCUGUUUAUAAGACAUUUGACAAAAAGUUUGAGGGAAAACAAGAAAAUAAAAACAUGGCCAAUAUACCGUGAGCAUGCAGGUAUGUGAAGCCGGUUCAACUUUAGCCCAAAGAUGUGUGGUUGUGUGUGAUGUCCAUGUGUCUGGUGCCUUUUUAUGAUGAAUAAUCUUUCUUAUUUGUGCUGCAUUUUAUACAUUUAUACUUUGCGUAUUAUGUAAGUUCCUGGGUAUUCAACUUUCAACAUAUCGCAUAUAUUAACACCUUGUAUGGCAAGAAAUAUCUUAUAGAUUUAGGGGGAAGCCACUGAAUUAUGGCAUUGAAAUUAUUUGCUUCAUAACCAGAAACACGAGAAUUUUUGUCCAGCCCAUUUAACUGUGAUGUCAUACUAAUGUUCAGCUCUGUGCAGCCCCGACAUGCUAGAGGUAAAGCGAUAGGAAAAGUGAAUGUAGCAGCAUUUUAAACGAUUUCCCUGGAUUUAUUUUGGUUGGAAUAAGCCAUAAUACAAAGAUAAUAUGGAGCGUUAACACGUAGACAUUCGGUCUCUUUAAUUACUGUUAGUAAAUCAACUCCUGGCUGUGCAUCUGGAUGACAUCACAGAUUUAAGUUCUUGGUUCUCUGGUUUUAAGACUUGAAAAAGAGUUGUUCAUAUUCACAAGCACUUAUUGGCCUCUGUCCUUGACUGCAUGUGUAAAUCAAAUUAAUACAUUUAGUGGUAUUUCCCUUAAAUUAGCCAUUACUUGAAAUAACUCACAAUCCACAGUUUUAAAAUGAGCUGCACAUGCGUUAUUCUUGCCAGUAAAGGUCACAAGAUUCUCAACAUGCUCUAAGUUUCAAAAGUAUUGGAACAAAUGGGAUGUCUCAAAAUGUCUAAACUCCUAAAAUUCCUUCUAACUUCUUGUAAAACUUGAGGUUGCGUGGUUUCAAGUCUUUUUAUAUGUUGUACAGUUGCUCUAAACUGACUUCUUUUGUGUUUUAUUCCUUUUUGUUUUUCGUUGAGAUGUAGAAGUUUUUGUUCCCUAACAAUGUGUAUUUAAUGUCUUUCAUGUUGUGCGUUACACUUGAUUUUUAGUGCUGUGGUAUAAAUCCUGUGGAUUUGAAAAAGUAUCGGCAAUGCUGGUGAUAGCUAUAUUGUUAUAAGACAAAUGGUCUUGUAAUGACAGAACAGAUUCAUAUUGAAUCUAUUUGUACCUUAAUUUUAAGAAUUUCGUACAUAUGUAUUUACCUUGAACUUGUAGAUAUCAUGUUCUAUUUCUCAAAGUAAUUUCCUCGAGGUAAAUGGAUUACAGUAAGCUGUUUUAACUAGCAGGACGUUUUCCCAAGUACAUUACCUCAUUUGGUUGCAGUAGGAUAUUUAGAUAUUUUUGACAUGUCUAUGGGGCUUUCUUGUGCUUGCAUAAGAGACCUUCAUUAUGGCUGCUGCUAAUGACUAGUAUCAGAAUGUUUACUAGCUUUCGGUCAAUUACGCAACACUAGAACAACUGGGUUGGGUUCAACACAACACUAACAUAACUUUUUUUCAACAGGUCCAUUUGGUGAGCAGAGGUGCUGAGAUUUUGCAGACUGGCUGAAAUAAUUAUUUCAUUCUUUCUUUUUCUUCAGGUCACAUCCUCUUCAACAGAGCAGUGUCACAAGCUGUCAGUGUGGUUGCUAGCCCCAAAAGUUAAGGGACCAUGUCAAGGGCAUGUUUUAGCAAAUCAACAAAUUGGAUUAUAAAUGUAUUAGAAUUUACUACAGACCACUUUACAAAUUGUAACUACAACUUUUCCCAACUUAAAGGCAGGUGUUGGUUUUAGUUUAUGCUAGCACUGUAUAGUAUAAUCCAUCACAUUGAACUAUGAGUUGGCUUUACUUUUUGUCAAAAGUUAUGUUAUAUUUGCAUGAUAAGGCAGUUGUUAUGAUAUUGGUUCCUUGUUGAUGCGUGUAGGUGCUUAUGCAAAGCUCCAACAUCUGAAAUUUGAGUUGGGUAAUUUAUAGUUUGUCCCUCUAAUGUAAUAAUUUAAGGUUAACUUUGAAAAACCCAGCAGGUCAUUUGAAACCCCUUACUACUGUUUUGAAGACAUUUCCUGAUUUCUCAAAGGCUUUUCUAUCCUGCUGGUAUGGAAAAUAAUUCAUUUGCUGCAUGUUGUAUACAACACAUCUCCAAACUGAAAGUUUUUAAUCAGGUUUAUUUAUUUAACAUUGCCCAGAGUUGUGCUAAACAAGCAAGAAGAUGCGGCAUGUCAUCUCCAGUUUUUGUCUUUGUUUGGUUCAAGUAAUAGUUGCACCUUGAUUAUUUAAGUUGACUAUACACCAGAUGGAUAGUUUUUUUGUACCAGCAAAAAGCAGCGUUAAGUGUUGUCAAAUGACCUUUUUUAAUUUGCCUAGUAUUUAUCUUCUAAUCCUCUAAUGUAAUCAUUAAUGCAAAAGUCUUACAAGUAGAAGUAUUGAUUACAUGAGAGGUACAAGCUGGUUGAGCAAAAGCAUGCAAAACCAUUGGCAUGGUCCAACACUUGCGGUGCUCUUGGUUUAAAACGUAGGCUGUUUGAGGCUGUUGCUGCACAGAUGUUUUGUUUUGGAUGGCACUAUAGCGAUCGGUGUUAUGAACACGCACCUGAUGUGACCACCAGUCACUACAGGUGUCACCACAUCACCAAAACAAAAUGACCUCUAGUAUUAACACAUUCAUUUUUCAACAGCGCACUGGUGAGAGGAGCCAUUGACCAGCUUUAGCCAUGAUACUGCUAUGUCACUUUCCUUUCUUAACUCACUCACUUAAUGCUUUAGGUUCUUUUACAGCCAUGCAGUGUCCGGCCUUGGAAUGAAGAUUUUACUUGAGCUUACUUCCCUCACUAAAUACAUGUUACUGCAUUCAGAGUAUUGGGCCCGCCACAUUUCCUUCAAUUUCUGCUUUGCCUGCCAUCGCUGUUCUUCCAACUUACAUAUAUUUGACAGUUGCUCAUCUUUUCCUCGAUGCUGCUGUUGUUGAAUGAACUUAAGACUUCUGUAUCAAGCAGGGUGGCCUUACCUGGAUUACCAUUGUUUGUUAGCCCAGUGGAUGGAGGUUUCCAUCUCUGUGACGACUGCCGGGUUCACAGAGCAGACACGUAACUCUAAAGCCGCUCUAUGGCUUUCACUGCACCAAAGGUCAUCCCAGCUUCUUGAAAUGCAUUGUUUGGUUGGAUUUUGAAAAAGACACAACAGUGGUUUCCUCAUCUCGAACAGUAUGGUGCACCAAAUAAUGACUGAAAAUCCAACCUCGAGUUUUGACUGAAACUGUUGACAAUCCAUCUUGUCAUGUGCGUUCACACUUUGAUGUGUAACAUGACGUAAUCAUGUUUUGUGUUGGAAAAUUCUGAAAUCACUGUGAAAUUUGUUCUGAGGCUGUAAAUGAUGUGAUUUUUCUAAAGAGACUGGAUGUUUUUAAAAGUGAAAAUUUCUUAAAGAGAUGGAAUGUGUUCAAUUUGAUACCAGAAACUUGAGAAAAAUAAACGUUUUGAUAUACAUAGCA